UCAUACAUGACAUGAAACACAGCCUACGCACGAAAGUGACUAGGAGGAAGGAUAUUAUAAAGUGAUGCAAACAGAAAUUCCACCAGCCUCCAUGUAUCAUCAUGUGUCAUAACUCAGCCAAGCUCAGUGAGCAUUCUCAUCACCUUGCCUGAACAGCUUCAAGGUGAGCCAGCUCAAGGCUUUGCUCUACACCAGGCAGAAGAUGACAGACUGUGAAUUUGGAUAUAUUUACAGGCUAGCUCAGGACUAUCUGCAGUACGUCCUACAGAUACCACAACCUGGAUCAGGUCCAAGCAAAACGUCCAGAGUGCUACAAAACGUUGCGUUCUCAGUCCAAAAAGAAGUGGAAAAGAAUCUGAAGCCGUGCUUGGACAAUGUUAAUGUUGUGUCCAUAGACACUGCCAGAACGCUAUUCAACCAAGUGAUGGAAAAGGAGUUUGAAGAUGGCAUCAUUAACUGGGGAAGAAUUGUAACCAUAUUUGCAUUUGAAGGUAUUCUCAUCAAGAAACUUCUGCGACAGCGAACUGCCCCGGAUGUGGAUACUUACAAGGAGAUUUCGUAUUUUGUUGCAGAGUUCAUAAUGAAUAACACAGGAGAAUGGAUAAGGCAAAACGGAGGCUGGGGGAAAUGGCAUAAUCACAUGCCUAUGCUGGUAGAGUCAGUGGCCCACAAGAAGAGGUAAGAGUAGAGGAGACACUUACAGCUUUAUCAAGAUGUGAGCACAUACAAUCUAUAAUUUAAUUAAAUGUUAAAAUUGACCAGAGACUUUAUGAAAACUUUGAAUCAAGAAUGCGGUAUGUGCCGGGUGUGGUGGCUCACGCCUGUAAUCCCAGCACUGUGGGAGGCUGAGGUGGGUGGAUUACCUGAGGUCAGGAGUUCAAGAGCAGCCUGGCUAAGAUGGUAAAGCCCUGUCUCUACUGAAAAUACAAAAUUAGCAGGGCCUGGUGGCGGGUGCUUAUAACCCCAGCUACUUAGGAGGUUAAGGCAGGAGAAUCACUUGAACCUGGGAGGCAGAGGUUGCAGUGAGCCAGGAUUGUGCCACUCCAGUCUGGGCAUCAGAGUGACUCUAUCUCAAAAAAAAAAAAAAAAAAAAAAAUCAGUAUGUGAGCACAACAUAGAUGUUCAGAGCACCAACUCAGAAUCAGACAGACCUGGCUUCAUUUCUGGGCUUGAGUGCUUACUACCUGUGUGAAUUGUACAAGUUGCUUAACUUCCCUAACUCUUGUUUCCACAUCUGUAAAAACAGGAAAAUAUUGCGACCUAUGUCCUGGGACUGGUAUAAGGAUCAAAUUAGUUAAUAUAUGCAAAGCACUUGAAACAAUUCCUGAAAAUGAGUACUCAAUACUUAAGUUUAGGGUUGUGGUUUACCAUGUAAAACAGAUCCCCUAAUGGGAAGAAACAAGACUGCUCUGUCAGUAAUGGGACUCAUAAUCUCUUUCGUUAUUCUAUUUCUCCUUUUUAUCAGUUGUCUUCCCUUCCUUCCUGCCUUCCUGCCUUCUUUUGUUUGUGGCUUCUCAUCUCUCUUUUUGUCCUCUUCCACAUUUACCAUGAUUUCCUCCUGUCCCCUCUCCUAAUUUGAAGUGCUGAGAAAGGAUGUGCUCUCACAAGAUCUGAUAGGAGAGCUAGUGCCAUUUGGCUGCCUCCAGCAUUCAUUAGGAAAGGAUGGUUCUUAAAAACCAUGAGUACGAUCAUGAGAUGAAACUCGUGUCUCUUCCCUUGGGAUCACCCUUCCUUUUGAACCAGGUGGAUCUUCUUACUUCCUCCCCCUUCAAUGAAGCAUUCUCCUCUGCAUAUGCUGGGGGAGUAGAAAGAAUGCUUGGCACUCAGCUCCACAUGGAAGAAAUCAUGUCUACUUAAUGCAUCACUGUGUACCUCAUGCCUAGCAUAGGGCCUAUUGCAUAGAAGGUAACAACAAUGUUUGCUGAUGGAAUGAGUCAACGAACCAACACCGAAACUGGAGAUUUGAACUCUGGUUUUCUCACUCACUAGAGGUAUAACCUUGGGUAAAUUACUGAGGUACUCUGAGACUCAGAUUCCUUAUAUAAUGUAUAUAAUAAUGUGAUAUGACAUAUGAUAAUUUAUUAUAUAUAUAAUAUUUAAUGAAAACAAUCUUACCUACCUUUAAAGGAAAGCUAAAGGAUUAUAAAACACUUUUUGUAAAACAGUGCUUUCCAAGCUGUCAAAUACUAUGCAACUACGAGGGUUAUGUGGGAAAUUCCAGGAAGUUUAAAUAUGUAAUUCUUUGCCCUUCUGAAAGUAGGAUGUAGAGUCAGAGUUGGUGCUUUCCCAGUAACCACCACUUUAAAGGUUGGGUCAUAGAGUUAGGCCAAGAGGUUUUUUUUUUCUUUUUUUUUUUUUUUCUUUGUCAUCCUCUUACUCUAAAUAAUAGUCUGGUCAAUUUGAGGCCAAAUAAAUGGGCACACAGAGGCAUAAGAUGAUUAACUAAGUGUUCAGUUUGGCAAAGCCAUUUCCAAAAGGUAUAAAGAUCUAGCAGCAAGGUGAUACUAUCUCCAGUAUUCAUAUAUAUCCUUUGAUUAAAUAAGUUUUGGGGUAAAAUUUUCUAUUUCUUUUGAAUUUUUACUUGAGAUUUUAAAAUAAUUUAGUGAAAAAUAAAAGAUCCUCAAGUCAGGCAGAAAUGCAUGAUACUGACACAGGAGUUAGAGAAAAGCACCUCUCCCGAGGGGCCCCUCAGUCAAGCUCUCUUGAGUGCUAGUUCUCUAAGCUGGGGAGUCAGCCUGGACUUCUGUCUCUCAUAGCCCACAUCCAUCUGUCAGCAAAUCCCCCUGGCUGCCCCUUUGAAAUGCUGUAGUCCCCUGUGCAUCUAGGCCACCUUCCUCUCUCACUUGACUCUGUCAGUAGCCUCCUGCCAGACUCCAUGGUUCCAUCCUUUAUCUGCUAUAAUUUGUUUUCCACAUAGCCCCCACAGUGAUAUUUUUAAAACUUGAGGGGCCGGGCGCGGUGGCUCACGCCUGUAUUCCCAGCACUUUGGGAGGCCAAGGCGGGCAGAUCACGAGGUCAGGAGAUCGAGACCAUCCUGGCUAACACAGUGAAACCCCGUCUCUACUAAAAAUACAAAACAUUAGCUGGGCGUGGUGGCACACGCCUGUAAUCUCAGCUACUUGGGAAGCUGAGGUAGGAGAAUUGCUUGAACCCAGGAGGCGGAGGUUGCAGUGAGCGGAGAUUGUGCCACUGCACUCCAGCCUGGGUAACAGAGUGAGACUCUGUCUCAAAAAAAUAAAAUAAAAUAAAAACUUGAAUUAGAUCAUGUCUUGGCCUAAUCAUAACCCUCCAAGCUGCCCCUUUACCCUGGGAACAAAAGCACAAAAUCCUGACUGGGGUCCUCAAAGCCCUACAUGACCUAGCCUCUCAAAUCUCAUCUUCUAUGAAUCCCUCCAAGCUCUCACAGCUCCAGCCUCCUUGGGUAAGCUAAGCACAUUCCACCCUCAAGGCCUUUGCACUUGCUGCUCCCUCUGCCUGGAAUAAUUUUCCGCCAGAAGUUUGCCUGGCUUACUUCUUCCCUUUGCUAAAGCCUCUGUUCCAAGUUUGCCUCCUCAGAGAAGUCUUCCUUGAUCACCCCAACUGAGAAAGUACCACUGCCACUCUCUGUCUCCCUACCCAACUUUAGUGCCUUCAUAAUAGUUUUCAUGACUAGACAUCCCAUUGCAUAUUUGUUUGCUUAUCUGUUUAUUGUCUGUGUCUGCCAUGAAAAUAUAAGCUUAGUGAGGGCAGGGAUCCUGUAUGCUUUCUUCACCACUGUGUUUCCAGUGCUUUAAAUGGUACCUGGCAUGUGGCCAAUGCUCAAUGAAUAUUUCCUGAAUGAAUAAAUGAAUAAUAAUAUUUAGAGAAGUGGGAGUAACAUAAUGGUAUUUGCCUGUAUUUUUUUUUUUUUUUUUUUUUAAACAGGGUCUUGCUCUGUCACCCAGGCUGGAGUGCAAUGGCGUGAUCUUGGCUCACUGCAGCCUCGACCUCCAGGGCUCAAGCAAUCCUCCCAUCUCAGCCUCCCGAAGUGCUAGGAUUACAGGCUUGGCUGCCUGUAUCUUUAAAAAUUCUGAGGUUGUGAUUUUCUUUGGACUAUUGAUACAGUAUAUUAUUUUAUGCUUUAGGUUUUCUUGUAACCAAGGUACCUGAAUUUAACAAACUAUCACCAUUCCCAGAAAUAAUAAAGCCUGAACAAUUCUUAUUUACUACUACAUUACUGAUAGGAUAUUGAAUCCUUAUUUGUAUAUUUAUUUUUAUAUAAUGGUUUUAAGAUAUAAAUAGCAUCAUUAAAGAAAAUAUAUUUGAAAAUAACAUUUUUGAAAGGAAGAAAAAUCACUCCCAUUACCCUAACAUAUCCACAUGCGGACAUUGUAUGCAAUUAUAAUUAGGGCGUACAAGAGUUUUUUCGUGUGACGUAUUAUAAAUAUUUUCAACACUGUCUCACAUAUUUCGUGUUAACAUUAGGUGUUAAUUUCUAAUGUCUACAGAAUAUUCCAUUAAUUUGUUAUAUCAUAAUUUGCUUAACCAAUUCCCAGUUGUUAGACAAUUUGGUUUUUUUGAGUUUUCCCCUUUUAGAUAUAAUGCUUCAAUAGUGCAGCAUGGGUAUGCUUUUCUGGCGCCCCCUACCCUCCAAUAUUUUAGAAGACUGCCUCAUGAUAAAUUUCUAACAGUGGAAUGACUGGUUCAUAAGAUGUGUGUAUAAUUACAAUACUCUAGCAUAUUGGAAAACAAAUUUUCUUUCCAAAAGUAUUAUAUCAGUGGAACAAUGUCACAACAAACUUAACGAUGUGGGCGGUACUAUUAAUAAUUUUUAGGUUUGAUAGGCUUAAAAUAACAAAGCGAAUUUAAUAGGUCUAAAAAACAAUAAGACUGUGUUAAAAGUACAUUUUUCAACUGCCAUUAGUGUUUUUCCCAUAUACUUGUUAAUGAUUUAUAUUUCUCUCUUUAAUGGUCUUUCCCCUUUAAACUAUUAAGGGCCUGAGGAUUUUCUGUUACAUUUGAAUGAACUCUUUCAUGCUAUAUGUAAAUAUUUUCCUAGUCUAUUGUUCUUUUAAUUUUAAUUUUUCAUAGUUUAAAAAAAUUUUAGGCCGGGCAUGGUGGCUCAUGCCUGUAACCCCAGCACUUUGGGAGGCCAAGGAGGGUGGAUCAUGAGGUCAAGAGAUCGAGACCAUCCUGGCCAACAUGGUGAAACCUGGUUUCUACUAAAAAUACAAAAAUUAGCUGGGCUUGGUGGCAUGUGCCUGUAGUCCUAGCUACUUGGGAGGCUGAGGCAGAGGAAGAAGAAUCGCUUGAACCCAGGAGGCAGAGGUUGCAGCGAGCUGAGAUCGCGCCAUUGCACUCCAGCCUGGGUGGCAGAGCAAGACUUUGACUCAAAAAAUAAUAAUAAUAAAUAAAUUUUAAUCCCCAUCUGGCUGAAUUCAUCAAUUUUUUCUUUGUUCACUGUCCUUUCUUUAGACAUUGAUGUAUAUAAGAUGAUACAUUAUGACUGCUCAAUAAUAAUAGACAAUGAUUGUUGUCAUAAUAAUAAAAAUCACGCUGGGUGCGGUGGCUCACACCUGUAAUCCCAGCACUUUGUGAGGCCGAGGUGAGUGGAUCCCAUGAGGUCAGGAGUUCGAGACCAGCCUGGCCAACAUAGUGAAACCUGGUCUCUACUGAAAAUACAAAAAUUAGCCGGGCAUGGUGGCGCACGUUUGUAGUCCCAGCUACUCAGGAGGCUGAGGCAGGAGAAUUGCUUGAACCCGGGAGGUGGAGGCUGUGGUGAGCCGAGAUCGCACCACUGCACUCCAGCCUGGGCAACAGAGCGAGAUUCCAUCUCAGAAAAAAAUAAUAAUAGUAAUUUCAGAGGGCCUCAUUGUACUUGUGAAACAUGGGGUUUAUGAAAAUUCUAGCAAGGAGAGUAAUGAAGUGGAUACCUCUUGGGAGUGUAUGGGAAACUAUGAGUAUGUACUGGCAGGAGGGAAAGAGGAAGAAGAGAGAGGGGCAGUUUCCUUCCUCUGUCAAGGCAUGACAGCACGUCUCAGAGCACAAUGCACACUUAACACGUAGGCAGAAAAUGGCUUUCUUAGGCAAUCUUUCAAAUGGAAAAUCCCCCUGGCUGGUGGUACUUAUCUGCUCUGCCAGUGAUGCUCAUAAAAUGAUUCCAAGGCACCGCAGAGCUCUCAAGUCUCUCCCAACUGUCAAAGAGUUAUGCUUGGUUUACAUUUCAAUAUUAGUUACACUAGGCUCUGAGCUACUUGCAGGCAUUUGUAACCCCAGGUUCUGAAACCUGUAAGAUGAAGACGUAAAUGUUUGCCAGAUGACCAUUUGAAAAAAUUAUUUUAACAAUUUUCUAAUUCUUUUGGCACUUGUUUGGAAAUGUAUGGAGUGGAAAGAAGUAGGGUGUUCGCAUUCUAAUCCAAGUCCAGGCACCAAGGGGUUGGCUAAUCUUAGAUAACUGAUUUUUUUUCUGGGAAUUGAUUUCCUCAUUUGUUAAAAUAAGGGAGGGCUUCAGGCUAGAUGACCUCAGAGGUACUUUUCGGUGAGGAUUAUUUGACUACAGAUUGUAAAUUAACUAAAUAAAAUGUCCAGUUAAUUGAGUUAUCCUAUAUUUUUAAAACUAUGUCCGAUCACAGAGAGUAGAUUAUAAAAGAAACUAUCAAUCUUUUCAUAGCUUCAAAGGUAUUAGUUUAAUUUGGAUUUACUGUGAGUUCUCAUGAUUUUCAAUACAAUGCAGUUUACAGUAUAAUUCAUAUUACAAAUAUAAGUGCAUUGAAAUCAGUGUUGGACAAUUGAACAAGAACAAGAAAAAAAAAAAGGCUUUCUAUCCUCUAGAGCUGUGCUUGCUGUCCACUAUGGUAGUGAAAUGUGGCUAGUCUGAAUUAAGAUGUGCUGUUAAGUACUAAAUACUCAUUGGAUUUCGAAGGUUUGUUAUGAAAAAAGAAUAUCUCAUUAAUGAUUUUAUACUGAUUACAUAUUAAAAUAAAAAUAACUAAAUGUAUCUUAAAAGUUAGUUUUAUCUAUUUUUUUACUUUGUAAAAUAUGGCUACAAAAAAAUUUAAAUUACAGAUGUAGGUCACACUGUAUUUCUGUUAGAUGAUGCUGCUUAAGAGGGGUAGAAGGGGUAGAAGAUUAACUAUUUGCACUAUUUAAAUGAAAAUAUUUUUGCUUUUUAUUCCAGCAUACUUAAUCUCCAAUGAUUUUUAAAAUGUUAAAUUUA